UGCUUCCUCCUGACGUUUACGUUUUAGUUUUUAUUAAAAUAAUAAAUAAUAAUAAUUUAACAUUUCUGACUCUGAGGGAAGGUAGGUAACUUAGCAAAAGCACAGCGGGUGACAGAAUCCUACGUAAUUAGAAGAGAUCAAGAAUGUCUGCCAUUGGGAAAUUUCUAACGUAUAUCGUAUUAGCUACAAUUUUGGGGUUUAUAGCUUUGGACAUCAAUGAACAUGGCAGUUUUUCAGCUUCCAAGACCCAUAGAUUCCUGAAAGAUUCGGGGGCACUUCAUUUUGGAGAAGUUGCUUGGAAGACUUUUAGAACCUACUCCCAGCAAGGCUACAGAUGGUGCCAGAGCAAUGUUCCUGGGUAUGCAGCCAAGGCUCGUGACACCACCGCACCUUUUCUACAUGCAGGGUUUGCGUGGCUCAGCUUCGUAGUACAACUGUUACUGGUCAACGUCACGCUCAUAUAUGAAUUCAUUUUGUCCAAGAAACCUCUGGUGGAACAAUGGAUAAACCAGUACGCCCCGGGCCUGAUGGAGUCUGCAUCUUAUUGGUUCUGGCGAGGAUUGGCGAUCUUCGGCGAUAUUUUCAUCUUGGUGUUCGAGUUUGUGCUGACCUACCUGUCAUUGGCAGUAACAUGGCUGAUGGAAAACGUGUUUGUUGGCUCACUCUCGCCUGAAAACUUACAAAAAUACACAAUGGAUGCCCUCAACACAACAUCACGACUUGCAGCUGAAACACUCUAUUGGCUCACGGCACCGUCAUAGAGAUAACACUACGACCAAGAGUAACACAAGGACCAAGUCAAUUAAAACUAUCUAUACAGGAGUUCAUACAUUUGAGAUUAACACUGCGUGUCAAAUAAGUUUUUUCCCUUUUGUUAAUUAAGGUUGUAAAAUAAUAGGAAAUAUUGUCAUUGCAUACAAGGUUACAACACGUUUUCAAACAAUUUAAAAUUAAAUAAAAACUUUUGCAGUUGAUUCUUUAUAAUCCGAUACUUAUGGUUUUGGGAGGGUGUUGGUAAACCCUUACUAGUCCCAAAAAAUACCAAAAUCAACCAUUAAACUGUAAAAUUUACUUUUGGCAUCUAAUGUUCUAUUCUACUUUUAGGAAAGAUCAAUUCACUACUUACUAUUCAGUUGAAUCAGUUUGGGCAUUAUUUUACAAUAAAUGUACAAAUAUUAAUGUUUAUUUAAUAGAUAGCACAAUUUUGAUUCAUACUUAAGUUUAUAGACCCCAGUCCACACCACAAAUCAAUCAUAACAGUACAGACAUUGGUUGAUUUUAUAUAAUUUCUCAAUAAUUUAUCCCAGCAUGGUGUGUCUGAUUAAUGAGUGCCAAGACUGCCAACCAUGUAAUUGUUUUGUAAUUUUAAGAAAUAUAUAACUAACUUAUUUAUUACCUAGUGUUUCCAUCUCAAAAUAUCUUAAAAUUAAGUGUUUUAAUGUUUCAUAAGUGUUGCCAUCAUAGACAUGUCUAGGAUUUAAUGUUUAAGAUGAUUAUUGUUGAGAAAUGUUUGUAAUUACAUGGUAAACUGAAUAAAAUCAAUGUGUAUCUCUAUGCUUGUGUAGAUUAGGCUCAGUCACUACUGAUACGUGCUUAUAAUUGUGUCAUGAAAAUGUGUCAUCGUCAGGCAAAUCUGUGAUUUUAAUUGGUCGGCCAAAGAUACAAAACGGCAUGGAAUAUUUGAGUUUCACAAUUAUCAGGGUGGACCAAAACCUAAAUGUCAAAUGUUUUAAUCAUAAUGUUUAUUUUACAGACUAGACCAAAAAACGUGUAUUUACGUGACAGACUGUUAUUAUUUCCAAAACUAUUUCCAGAUUAUAGGACUGGAACAUGCUCCAGCUAUAUGGCAAAACCCCAACUAACCAAAAUAAAGGAAUUGAGCUAGUUUUCAAUAACCUAUUUCUUCAGUUAAUCAAAGAUUCGGAUUUGAAGGCUAUAACGGAUAAAAGAAAUUUGCAAUGUAAAUUGUUUGCCUUUUUGAAUUACUUUCUUCUUAAAACCUACAACUUCAUAGACAAAAUCGGGCAAAACCUUGAUAUUUGAUUCCAUUAUACCAAAAAUACAUACCAUGCAUACAACUCCUGUUGCCUUGUUAAUUUUCUAGUUGAUUUAAAAUGUAAUUUAUGGUUUCAAUUUAAAAAAGGGUGUGUGAGAGUGGUUUUACUGUGAUUUAAAAAUUGCGAAUAAUGAAAUAUGCACAAAUUAGAUUUAGUUAGUUCAUUUAUUUCUCCAAGAUAUACUUUCCUCAAGGAGAAUUACGUACUUUCUCACAAUUGUCUGCAAUACGCAUUUGAAUAAAAGUAUAAAAUGUGUCAAACAUUCCUUUGAACUUUUUUAUUCCAAAGUGUAUAACUUACCGAUGCAUUUAUUCAUGUGAUUUUCAUAUUCAAUUUCCUAAGCAUAAUUUCAAUUUCUUUCAUCAAAUAACUGUAAGCUGUAUGUUUUAUUAAUUUACUGUAGUUUUCAAUAUUCUUAUUACAUUGAAUUGGUUAAAACUUGUUGGUAAUGGGAUGUUAGUGUCUAUUUAUUGUUUUAAAUUAAUUAUGUUACAGUUAUUUUUUUUUAGUAUCUUUACACUCGUUACUUUUUGUUUUCACAUAAUUUAUUAUUUUACUUUCUCGCUUAUUAGCUGUUUAGUCUCUCAUUUGUCAUAAUUUAUUUCUUUAGUACUACCCAUAUUAUUAACUAAUUAACUUUUAUUUAGUUUGGUAAAAAUCUCUACGUCCUGUAAGUUUAUAAACUUGCUAAUAAUUUAUUAUAGUGUGUUGUGAAAAUGAACCAUUGGCUGUGAGUUGAAAAUGUUGCAUCCUAAUCUAUGGAUUCAUUUUUACUUUUUUUAACUAACUAUGUAUUGUUAAACUUCAAACAAUUACAAAUUAUGAAAUGAA